AUGGAUGAAGACGAUUCUUUCGAAGAAGACUUUGAAGGAGCCUAUCUGCAGGCGGAUGCUGGCAAGAAAUGCACCGUCUAUCUGGUUGACGGAUCACCAAAAAUGUUUGAAAUUCCUGAAGAUGAUGAUCAGGAAACUGACUGCGCUUUUCGAAGGGCACUUAAGGCAACUUUUGAUGAAAUUUUUAUAGUCAAACUUCAGAUGAUUAACAAAGCAGUAACAUCAAAAGAAGAGUAUACAGCUUGCAUCUUCAUAAAUACUGUAAGGUUGUUGAAGGAAGAAGUUUAUAAAGCGUCUAAGCUGCAAAAUAUUGACAAUGUCUUUGUGUGGCAGGAUGUAGGCGUGAUAAAUGCAGAACGAGUGCAGCAGGUUGAGGAGCUCUUAAAAUUAGACGAUAUCCGCGGCAAAUUUGAAAAUAUGUGCGGCGGCCACGGUAAAGCAGAUUAUGGAGAAAUCCUCUUUUUAUGUAUCCGAAAAGUGAAGUCUGAAAAAUUCAAUGGUAUUUUCACUUUCAGCCCCAAAUUUCAAAAACGGGUUGUGUAUUUGCUUACCAACGAGGAUGAUCCUUUUGGCAAAAAUGUACAGCAUAAGUCUGGUGCUGUUAAAAAUGCCCAAGAUCUUCGUAGCCAUGGGGCAGAAUUUGCAAUUUUUCCGCUUUUAACAGAGUCUGAAGAAUUUCAGUUUAAGUUUCACAUUCUGAAGGAGCUCGAUCCAAAUGUGGAAAAGAAUUGCGAGAACGUUUCGGAACUUGAGAAAGAUGUACCACGAAAGCAGUAUGCAAGAAGAAAUAUUUCAAGCGUCCCUCUAAUACUUGGAGAAAACGUGAAAUUGGCUGUUGGCGUCUAUUCUUUGAUGCAUGCCGAAAAGUUGCCUUCAGCGAUACCGCUUGAUGCCGAGGAAAACGCUCCGGUCCAGCGAUCGUUUAUUUACACUAACAAAAAGUAUUUUUUCCUGUCUGUUUUUACCGAAAAAUAUUAUUCAACAAACCAGACUGAUGAGGAAGUUCCGUUACUUAACGAUGAAAUCAAAAGAGUAAAGGAUAUUGGCGGAGUUCAGGUUUCUAUGUCUGCUCAAGAAAUAGACAAAGUGCGGAAACUGAGUCUUCCAGGUCUUUUGCUCCUUGGUUUCAAACCUUUGUCAUGCCUAAAACUAUCGCACCACGUCCGAAGUUCGCAAUACCUUUUCCCUUUAGAGAUGGACACAUCUGGCUCUACUCGGUUAUAUCGAGCUUUGUGGGAGGGAUGUCUGAAGCUAAAAAUGAUGGCUGUUUGCAGAUACACUCAGAAGGAGAAUACACCCCCGAAAUUAGUUCUUCUUGUACCUCAAGCUUUUGCUGAACAAGAAGAUGAGGCUAAAAUAACGAAUAAGUUUCGAUAUCCUGGGUUCCACCUCAUUUACUUGCCUUUCUUUGAAGAUAAAAGAGAUUUGACGGAUCAAAUGACCAAUGCAGAUGGAGAAUGGCCAAAAGCUGACAACGAUCAGAUAAAUGCAGCCAGAAAUUUCAUUAAAAAGCUUUCAACAAGCUACCAUCCGGAAAAGUUUUCUAAUCCAGUUUUGCAAAAACAUUACAAGGUCGUCGAGGCCAUGGCCUUGAAUUAUGAAGACGUUCCGGAAAUAUCAGAUCAAACUGAGCCGUAUUAUAAGCGGGAAGAGUACCGUAAGCGUGUAGAAAAAGAGCUCCAAGAAUUUUGUUCUUUAACGUUGCCUGAUGGAUAUUCUGCUGAAAAGAAAAAAGUAACUAAAUUGCGUAAGGCUACGGAUGCAGAAGACGAGUUUUUAGCAAAGAGGAAGAAAGUGGAUACGUCUGAAAAAAGUUUGGAAGACCUUGCCAACAAUCAGCAGCUUAAUUCAUUGACUGUUGCUGAGUUAAAAGCGAAAGCAGCAGAGGUUAAUAUCCCGUACACUUCGAAAACAAAGAAAAGUGACCUUAUUACAAUUAUUGAAGCGCAUUAUGGAAUUACGAGCAAGUCAGUUGGUUGUAUAUCGGGCUUGAACGAUUACAUUGGGUCGAUUGUGAUCUGGCAAACAAUUGAGGACCGCGUUUGGUUGAACGAUCGUCUUUUGGUUCUGUUGCCUGAACUUUAUGCCAUUCAAGAAAAGCAAAUUCCGUCAAGAGGUACAUAUAAUGCUUCACAAGUGCACACUCCAUUCUUACAUAUUGCGCCGGGUACACAUAAAGAUGUUUCAGAACAGGUCUCACCAACAUUCUUCGUUUAUGAUUUCGAGUGGGACUCUUAA